AAAAAAAAAAAACAAAAAAACAGAAAAGAAAUUGAAUGCCUACUAAAGGAGUAGAAUUAAUUUAAGUAGUAAAUAAUUCAGGGAGACUUCCAAUAUAAAAUUGACUUCUCCCUCCUUCUUACAAGUCCUUUUUACACACUCUCAAACUUCACUAUAUCCUCCAUUCGGACCAUUUCUCUCUCUUUCUUCAGCUUCUUCAAAUACUACUAUAACUUUUUGUCCAUUUCCUAAUCUCAUAGAAACCUGAUCAGAAAGAACCAUAUUCCUUGUACCUGCCCUAAACCAAAAUCCAAAUAUUCCACCUUAACAAAACGACAAACCCCACAAGGGAAAAGAAAAAAGAAACUAACAAGCAAAAAAAAAAAAAAAAGGAAGAAGAAAAUGUCAUCGGAAAGUAGUGAUCAGCAGCAACAACGUCCCGGUCCGGUGAGGCUAUCCACCAUGGCGAUCCGACCCACAGAACCGGAGCACCUCCCUUGCCCGCGCUGCGAUUCCACAAACACCAAGUUCUGUUACUACAACAACUACAACCUCUCUCAGCCCCGCCAUUUCUGCAAGUCUUGCCGCCGGUACUGGACUCGCGGCGGUACCCUCCGCAACGUCCCCGUCGGCGGCGGCUCACGGAAGAGCUCCGUCUCUUCUUCCCACAAGCGUCCACGUACAACUACUGCUGCCGGUAUGAGCCCCAUUACAUCGACGGCACCGGCGGCGCCGGCUUCCUCUGUACCGUCGUCUUCGUCGGAAAAUAUAGCUCACCAUGAGCCUUUGCAUGGAAACCAGCCCAUGAUGUCUCAAAUGGGUUCCGGGUCGGUUCCCUUGGCGGGUUCUUUAAUGGGUUGCGAUGUGAACUUGAAUGAAGCCGUCCCAGAAGCUGCAAAUUAUGGUUCUCUGCUGACAACUCAUGUUAGCGGCGGUUUGCUGCCGUUUGGAAACGGGUUCGGGCUUGGGCUCGGAUCGGGUAUCCACGGGCUUGGAUUCGGGAUGGGUCAGCUGGAUUGGCCCAUGGAACCAAUUGCACUGGGCCAUCAUCAUCAUCACGGGAGUGGCAAUAGUAACACCGAGCUGGGAGGAAGUAGCGGUGGCGGCGGUGGAAACGACGGUGACGGUAACGGUUCAGGAGCUUCCGGGGGAUCAUCAUCGGGAGGGUGUAACACGUGGCAGCUGGGCGUCGGAGUUGAAGCUAGCUUAGGAGGCGGCGAUGGAGAUUGUUUUGGGUGGCCGGAUCUUGCUAUAUCAAUGCCAGGCAAAGGUCUGAAAUGAUGAAGUAUCUGAAAAUAUGAUCAGUUUGGAAAAAUUACUUUUUUAGUCUCCCGAGAAAGAAAGUAAGAAGAGAAUCAAUGGACAAAAGAACAAGAUGAUAGGCUUUUUUGGGUUUUUGGUUCGGUCAAGAUUGAAUGGGGUUGGUUCUCUAUCUCUAGAGUGCUUUAGGUAUGGUUAGAAUAGUAGACUUGAUGAUAUUAGAACUGUUAGUACUAUUAAUUAAUCCACUACUCUACUUAGUACGUAAAUGCUUCGAUAUUUCUGAAAAGAUUGAUGGGGAAAAAUGGGGAUGAGAGCUUUUUUUCGGCUGGUUUUGGCGUUUGGCAAGCAGUAUAUUUGCAUGUUUUAUGCUUGCCUUUUUUCUCGUGUAAUUGACAAACACUAGGGUUUCAUGUAAAUGGAUUUGAAAUUGUGUUCUUUUAUACUCUCUUCGCCUUUUUCCAGUUGACAAUUGGAUAGUGUCAAUCAAAUUUAUAAGUGAACCAAUUCCAUUGGGUGUUCUUUUGAUUUGGUUCUUGCAUAUCAAUAC